AGUAUCUUCUUUACAAGAGGGGAUGUAAAGAACCUGCAAGCACUAAAUGACGUUCUGCAGACUUACAGUGAUGGUUCCGGACAGAGAAUUAAUCUCCAGAAAUCUGCACUUUUCUUUGCUGAUCGUUGCCCGGUGCAUGUCAAACAAAGAGUGAAAACAAUCCUUAGUGUGCAGAGUGAAGUUUGGCAGGCAAGUUAUUUGGGAAUGCCAUCCUGGGUAGGAAAAUCACCAUCAAAUACUUUUAAUUUCCUACCAGAAAGAAUGUGGAAAGUGGUGCGGGGUUGGAGUGAUCGCCCAUUGUCUCGUGCAGGUAAGGAAGUUAUGCUGAAAUCAGUCAUACAAGCGAUCCCUGUUUACGUCAUGAGUUGUUUUCGCCUACCAGCUGGAAUAUGUGAUAAGAUGCGAACUACAGUUUCAAAUCAUUGGUGGGGUAUUGAAAACGGAAGGAAGAAAAUGCAUUGGCGUUCAUGGGAGUGGCUGACUACACCAAAAGCAAUGGGUGGCAUGGGUUUUCGGGACAUGGAGCUUUUUAAUCAAGCAAUGCUCGGAAAACAAUGCUGGAGAAUUCUCACAUGCCAAGAUUCUCUUUGUUCAAAGGUGCUGAAAGGUCGAUACUUUCCUCAUUGUGAUUUUUGGCAAGCACCUCAGCCAAGAAGCUCAUCUUACACAUGGCGCAGUUUGAUGCAUGGAAAGAAACUUCUAGAGAAAGGUAUUCUGUGGAGAGUUGGAGAUGGGAAAAAAAUUAGGCUAAAAAAUGAUCGUUGGAUUCAAAACUACUCUUUACUAAAACCAACAGUUUCUCUUCAAGAUGAUAUAACAGUCAAUUUCCUUAUAGAUGAAGAAACAAAGAAUUGGAAUGAAGCCAUCAUUAGAACAUGCUUUAGCAAUGAAGAUGCAGAAAAGAUCCUACAGAUUCCAUUGAGCAGUACAUCAUGUGACGAUUUUCCAGCUUGGCCACUUUCCAAAUCAGGCACCACCAAAGAUGAAGAUUGUGCUUUGGCGUAUGGCUCAAGACUGUUUGCCAACAGUAUGCAUCUGAGGUUUGGCGCGAAAUAAAAAGGUCUUUUGGCUUCAAAUGUAAAAUCCGAUAUCCAGUCUCGAUGAAGCAAUGGCUAUUUGACUUCCUAUCUACUGCAACUGAAGACGAAGCAACAAUUUUUACUAUCACUGUGUGGCAUGUGUGGGAGGCAAGAAAUUCAGUUCGCAAUGGUGAAAAACAAGUUCAUCCCAAAAUAAUUGCGGAGAAGGCGAAAGCUUAUGUACAAAUGGCCUUGCUGCACUUAUUUAAACCACCGACAUCACAUAGGUGUGAGUCUGAUUGUUCCAUUCCAAAGUGGACUCCGCCGCCGGAUGGGUGGUUAAUGAUAAACGUAGAUGCAGCAAUAUUCAAAAGUCCACCACGCAUGGGUGUUGGUUUUGUAGCCCGUAAUCAUAAGGGAGAUUUUAUAGCUGCAAGCUGUCAGCUGGUAAAAAGAUUUGAUGAUCCAGAGCUUGCUGAAGCAAUUGCUAUUAGAAGAGCAGUCUCCUUUUCUUUAGAGAACAACUUCCAGCAAGUGGUGGUGGCUUCGGACUGUCAAAAUGUGAUAAAAAAGAUAAACUCCAAGGUUUAUGACAGAUCUCAUGUUGGAAUCAUUAUUCGAGAUGUAAAAAACUUGAUCACUGCUAAUCCUUUUAUCUCCUUUGUUCAUGUCAGUAGAUGGUGUAAUGAGGCAGCUCAUGUUUUAGCUAAGGUAGCAGAUAAGUUUGAUGAUUCCGUCUG